GUUAAAACAGCUAAUGUAAUAUUGAUUUGAUUAGAUGUGAAGAUUUAAUGGGAAGAGCAGAGUAAAUAAGGGAAACAAGAGCAUUAAAAAGUGGUGGGACGAAUGCGUAGACUUGGAGAAAGGCGAACAGGAGAUUGAAAGAGACGCCCGUGAAAAUGCCGCCCGCCAUAAACGUCACCACGAAAACCCAUGGACCAAAAUCAUGCCCAUCGUCUCUUUCAUGUCAACCUCAGCAGUAAUAAGCAUCCAUUAUUGUUAUUAUUAUAAUAUUAAAUUAAGUUUUCCCCUAAGUAAGUCAUCAGAGUGCGUAUAAUCCAACUCAUUUCCUUUGUUAAACCCCACCAGAUUCUGCUUUCCCUUUUUGGGGAUGCCGCAAAGAUUGAAUUUUGGGGGUUUUGUUUUGUGACUGGUAAUAAUGGCGGACAAAGUGAAGCACAUUCUUACAAAGCCGAUCCAGUUGGCUGACAACGUCAGCAAAGCUGCAGACGAGGCCAGUUCCUUCAAGCAAGAGUGCGCAGAAUUGAAGUCCAGGACGGAGAAGCUCGCCGAGCUUCUCCGCCAAGCCGCGCGUACCAGCAGCGAUCUCUACGAGCGGCCGACGCGGCGGAUCAUCGACGACACCGGCCAGGUUCUGGAAAAGGCUUUAAACCUUGUCCUCAAGUGUCGCGCCCAUGGCCUCAUCAAGCGCGUCUUCACCAUCAUCCCCGCCGCCUCCUUCCGCAAGAUGCAAUCCCAACUCGAUAACUCCAUCGGCGACAUGUCCUGGCUCCUCCGAGUCUCCGCCUCCGCCGACGGACGCGUCGGAGAACACCUCGGCCUCCCUCCCAUCGCCUCCAACGAGCCCAUCCUCUGCCUCAUCUGGGAACAGAUCGCUAUUCUCCACACAGGCUCUCCCGACGACAAGUCCGACGCAGCGGCGUCGCUUGUGUCCCUCGCCCGGGACAACGACCGUUACGGGACGCUGAUAAUGGAGGAAGGCGGAGUGGGGCCGCUGCUAAAGCUCCUCAAGGAUGGCAAAGUAGAAGGCCAAGAGAACGCCGCCAGAGCGAUCGGGCUGCUGGGCCGGGAUCCGGCAAGCGUGGAACACAUGGUGCACGCCGGCGUAUGCCAAGUGUUUGGUAAAAUGCUCAAACAAGGUCCCAUGAAGGUACAAGCCGUGGUAGCAUGGGCGAUCUCAGAGCUGGCUUCCCAUUUCCCCACAUGCCAAGAUCUCUUCGCCCAGAACAACAUCAUCCGCUUACUGGUAGGCCAUCUCGCCUUUGAAACAAUCUUGGAACACAGCAAGUAUGCUGUUUCCUGCAAGGCGACUUCCAUCCACGCCCUUGUGCUAGCCAACAAUGAGAAUUCUCUGAACGCUAACAGCGUAGCAAACGAUGAUGAUGACGAUUACCAGAAGAGCAUAGUUGCUCACCCCUUGGAGAACAACAAGAAACAUGCCCAGAUUCAUAACGUCGUUCACAAUACAAUGGCCAUGAUAAAUCCAGCUAAGCAGAACCACUCCAGUCACCAUCACCAUCAUCAUGCCAAAGAGCUUGAAGAUCCAUCUACCAAGGCCUACAUGAAAGCCAUGGCGGCAAGAGCAUUGUGGUACCUCUGCAAAGACAACUCUCCCAUUUGCCACAGCAUAACCGAGUCUAGAGCUCUAUUGUGUUUCGCGGCUCUCUUGGAGAAAGGGCCAGAAGAGGCCCAGUACAACUCUGCGAUGGCGGUGAUGGAGAUCACCGCUGUGGCGGAGAAAGACGUCGACCUGAGAAGGUCGGCGUUCAAGCCAAACUCUCCGGCGUGCAAGGCGGUUGCGGACCAGCUGCUCAGAAUCAUUGAGAAGCCUGUCCCGAAUCUCCUCAUACCGUGCAUUAAGACAAUCGGAAAUCUCGCCAGGACGUUUAGGUCAACCGAGAUGAGGAUGAUCUGUCCUUUAGUCAAGCUUCUUGAAGACCAAGAAACUGUGGUCUCGAAAGAGGCGUCCAUAUCUCUUGCCAAGUUUGCAUGCACGGAGAACUACCUUCACUUGGACCAUUCCAAGGCUAUCAUAGCUUCAGGUGGGGCGAAGCAUUUGGUUGAACACGUUUAUUUUGGUGGACAGACGAUUCGGGGUCCUGCAUUGUAUCUACUUUGUUACAUUGCCAUGCACGUCCCUGACAGUGAAGAGCUCGCCAAGGCUGAAGUUCUAUCGGCUCUAGAAUGGGCAUCAAAGCAGCAGGGGCUCUUGGUUCAAGAUGACAAGGUGGAGAGAUUGUUGCAGGAAGCCAAGAGCAGGUUGGAAGUGUAUCAUUGCAGAUCUGUUUCAGGGUAUGCACACUACAAAACUUGAGGAGGUUUUACCCGAGGCCACUCCCCCCCCCCCCCCCCCCCCCCACAGUCACAGUCUCCGUAGAAGUGGUAAAAUCCCAGAAUUGAUAGAAAGAAGUUGUACAACCGGAUUACCUACAUGUAUGUUAAAUGUUUGUGAAGGUCUUAUAUUAGCUAAGAAAACUGUGAAUUAAGGGAGUCAUUUUUGUGGAGGAAUGGAAUAAUAGCACAGGUAUGCUAAGUUUUGGGGCAUUUGACGAACUUAUGCAGUUUGACUUGGUGG